CAUGCUUUAGAGUUUCAGUCGCAGAUAGGACGUGAAGUGGUAUAGACAAUAAUUUAGGUCUAUCUAGUGUUAAGUGUAGUUCAAUUGUGAGUGCCAUUACUUGAAAAAGGAUUACCAAAACGUGUAGAUAAGCUACAUGUCGCGAAAAUGAUGAUUCCAUACCUGUUUAUUAUUUUAUUAUUUGCUACACAAGGAAACACGUUGAGCGAAGGGGACGCAUGCUCCAAACACGAUGGGAAUCCCGGGAACUGUAAGCCUAUAACAUCCUGCCCCAGUGCGUUAUUGGAAAUCAAGGAGAGGAAGAGCCCUAAGAUAUGCAGCUUUGAAAGUGGCACGCUAGUAGUGUGCUGCGCUUCUGAGACCAAACAACCUCCGAGAAAACAUAGACUUCGUAACAUGAGAACUACUACAACUACAGGGGCACCCAUUGAUUUGAAGUAUAGCACAGAAUGCUCCACAGCAGAGAGGACUGGAAAGAAAGCUCAUGAUAAAUGCCUAGAAUACCAAGAAAAGUAUGUAUACCCGUGCCGUGAUAGUGGCACACCAAGCGGUGGGCUGGUCCGCAUCAACCAAUGUAACAGGAAGCCAGAGGAUCUGAUCACGGGCGGCAUGAACUCGUACUUUGGGGAGUUUCCUCAUAUGGCAUUACUAGGAUAUGGUGCAGUACAAACAAAGUGGAUGUGUGGAGGAGUGAUAGUGAGCGAGAGGUACAUCCUCACAGCUGGACACUGUAUCUACAGUAGAACUAGUGGUCCAGUCCUCAAGGCAAGAGUAGGAAUCCUGGAAAGGACAGAAACGGUGGAACCAGAGAAAGAGUAUAAUGUUGAAGUCAUCAAGCACCCGGAUUAUAAGCCACCUCUGAAAUACAAUGAUAUUGCGUUGUUGAAGACUGAUAGAGACAUAGCUCUAGACCGCUACACGCUGCCUGCGUGUUUACACGACGGAGGUCCGUUGAAGAAUGACAGCGCGAUAGUGAGCGGCUGGGGAACUACCGUCUUUAGAGCGCAGGCGCUGGCUGAUGUUUUGCAAAAGGCGACAGUAACAAGGUUCGAUGAAGCAGAAUGCCACGACAAACUGGACUCGAUCCGGCACCUCACUCGCGGUUAUGACCACUCCACACAAAUGUGUUAUGGUGACAGAGAAUCUAAUAAAGACUCUUGUGAGGGUGACAGCGGCGGUCCCUUACAAGUAAACCAUCCAACCAUACAAUGUAUGUACUCUGUGAUCGGUAUAAUUUCGUCUGGGAAGUGGUGCGGUUUUGCUGGCGAGCCUGGGAUCUACACCAGGGUAUCUGCGUAUUUACCCUGGAUCGAGAGCGUGGUGUGGCCAUAGAUCCAUUAAAGCUUGGAUCUAUGAAAACCGUGACAGCUUAAAAAGCUACUUAAAUAAACAAAUCUCUUACGAUAUACUUAUUAUGUAAUUUUAUAA